AUAAAAGAAACACGGAUGUUAUGAAUCCAAUCAUUUCCUAACGGAUAUUACUAGAGAUCACUUUUAGUGCAAUCAGAAGCAAAUAGUUGAACUGUUCAGAGAGAUAAACGGUUUACAGUGUUGAUGUGCUUUGGAUUACAAUUGAAGCAAGAAGAAUGUUGACCUGUGAGAAGAUGGAUAACAAUAACCUGUCCCCGAGCACUGGGAUUACUACCGGGGCAGGUCUGAACAACAAUAAUAGCAGAGAAAAUAUCUACAUCGAUAUUCCAACGCCUUCGACCAGAAGUGUUUCGCCACUGUCGUCUGCCUCACCGGGAAAGGAUAAAUCGUUCGGGUUUUUUCACAACAUCUACCGGAAGAUAAGUUUGAAAUCCAACGACGAAAUCAGCAUCAGUGCUCACGAAGAAGACUCUCGUAGUUCCUCGGUAGAUUCGUGUUCCUCACUCAGUGAUCGUCUGCAGGAACCACCAAAGCAGCGUAGAUCUAGUCCUUGCGUUAAACUAGCCGAUCAAAUCUCCUCGUUGGACACCUCAGGCACUUCUUCGGACUCAGUGAAUAAUUCGGACAAGCACGGAAGGGCCACCAGGCGGUCUUCGGUUCGUAAACUGCUGGAGAGCCUAUCGAUCGGGACUCCACCAAGGGCGCGGUCACUUUCCUGCAGUAGCACUUCAGUGAACUUCCUCAGUCAGAAAAGCCUUAAACAGAAGGCCGAAUCGAAAGCGUCGCUGUUCAGCUCAAACAGUGCCUCGGCCACCACAACGACCAACACCAAUGCCAGUAGCAAACCUCCGCCAAAGAAGAUCCUCCGUCGGCCCGUUUCCUACACCUACAUCCGGGGAAUCUCCGGACUGCCAACGCAACGUGUUCCCAGGUCUUCGAUCUGCUGUAGCUACUACUCACGCUAGGUGGAUCUAGAGGUCCUCAAGCGUCACAAUGUCGCCAUAUCAACACUUUUACGGACCUAGGGAUAGUUGUAGUUAAUUUCGGAGGAAACGCCGCAGAGCAGCAGAACGAACUUCAGUGACUGAUUUGUGCUUGUAUGAAUGAGAAGUGUUUUUAAGGACUUUGGAACAAAUACUACUCAAUUGGCAUUCGGUACCUUGCAAAUUUGAUACUUUUUUAUGCGGCCACUGAUUGGACUAUUGUGUUAAGUAGUUUGUAAAAGCGGAAGAUUCAGAAACGAAAUUAAGUGAUGAACUGAGGAGACAUGGACUUACGUGGAAACCCGGACGAUUAAAGUGCAAUUACAUACUCUUCA